AUUUUACGCUUUCUGUCACUGCGGAGAACGGAAAAUCAAAACAACGCAAAAUACAAACAAAGAGCCUUGUGUUGAGCUGUUUUCUGCAUCGGAAUUUGGCAGAAAACAUUCGCGAAUACUGUUCGAGAGUGAUAAAUACUAAAUAAAAACACUUUAAAUACAUUUGUGUCGGUGUUUCGAAGGAUGGCGGCGAGGAAACUGAACACUAUCGAGGAUUUGAGCGCAGAGUCAUGGGUGGAGCUGAACUCUGGCGGCGGUCUCGCUGCCGUCGAGAACGAGUAUAUUCGUCUGCUGCGAGAGGCGCAGCGGGAGAGUCGUGACUCGUCCGUGCGACACUCGCGGGCGUCCAGUGUUAAGGGCAGUCCAAAAUCUCCACCAAACAGUCCGAACUUGGAACCUUCUACUGAAGACGAGCUGAAAGGUGUCUACAUCAACUGCUGGCGGGAUGACUCCAACGACUGGGUGUGGGAGUGGAGCAGUAGACCCGACCAAGUGCCGCCAAAGGACUGGCGGUUCAAGCACCCGGCGAGCGCGCGCGGGCCCCCCUCCGCCACCUCCUCCAUAGAGGUGCUCGAGCAGCAACUCGCGCCGCCGCCCAUGCAACAGAGCCACUGUCUGUCCGUGCGCCGCACGUGCCUGUUCAGCCGCGGCGCGAUCGCGGCCGUGCUCGUCACCAACAUCGUGUCGCUGCUGCUCGGAGCGGGCAUCGGAGUGUGGCUGAGUAAGAAGGGAAUGCUGCCGCCCAGAUUGAUCAUCAUCAAUUAGAAAACGCACAAGACUGAAGUAACGGCCGGGGCUAACGCAAUCCUGGACUUAUCGGUCUUUCCGUGGCCAUUGUGGUCUUUGCGGCGGUUUUGUUGUUUAUAUUCCAAAUUUAAAACUGUUUGACGUAUCAGUGAGAUUUUAAAUUUGGAACAUGGGCUCGAUUUUGUGUUCUUUUUUCAAAAUUGGGACGUCUGUUGACGUCUCGAGUAUAAUUUGAUGCCAGUAGUAGAGAUAAUUUAUUUAGAGGACGUGUAUAUCCGUUUCGUUUUAAAAUUGAAUAUUUUUUAUGUUAAAUCUCUUUAUUUAGGUUGUUGGAGAUGAAUGUCUAGAUUUUUAGUAAAUAACUGAAUGUGCCGAGAUAUCAAAAUUUUCAUAAUAAAAGGCAUAAUAUAUAUUUUUUAAUUGUCCAGGUUUGCAUUAGGUCGUGCAGCAAUCAUUAUACGUAUAUUUCUUUUCAUACAAGAAUGCUAUCUUGCCUUUCAAAGUUAGCAAGAAUUUUCGGCUUAGAUGACCGAAAUUAAAUAUUAUUAUGGAUUGACAAAUAUUUAUUCCGCUUAAAAAACGACUUCGAUGCCGAAGUUGUGAUUUUCGGCUUUGAAUUGAAUUUCAACCUUGAGUGACCAAUUAGCGCGCGCUAAUGGUGAAGUUAGAGUCGUUUUGUCCGAAAAUUCGGCUUCGCAAGCCGAAACCGAAGCCGAAUGUUGGGCCGAAUUUUUUUAUCUUCGUAACUGUAUAGUGAUUGCUGUCUCACCCGGUUUUUAUAUGUGGGUAGAUUUAGAACUACAUUAAUAUGGAAAAUGAUUAAAAAAAAACAUAAUAUUGUAUUCCUAGAUAUUAGGUACACGUUUUUUGUAUUUCCUUCUUACACAAAUCUCUUGUAACGACUCCCUUUGUGACAGUUGAUGGUAAAAAAACAAAAUGAAGUGGCAAUAAGGGCUGUUAUAAAUCCAUCUCAUCUUUGAGUAGCAUCUCAAGUAGACAAGCUUGAGCUGUUAUUUAAGAGCUUGUACUCAGCUCAGUCGACAAUGUUAAAUGAAUUAAAAUUCGGUGUCAAAUUCCGUCACAUAUAGUGACAUGACUUGAGGUGAUGAUUUCUUAUGUUUACGCGAAUGUCAUUGAAAUAAAACUAUUUACGAAUUUUAUUGCGGUUAUUUAUAUUAUUAUUGCGAUUAUAUAGGUAUAAUUGUUACAAUUAUAUAUUUUUUUAAAUUGUAUAAUUGUAAAACGUGGGUAGAUAUUGUAACUUUGAGUUACAGACGCCCAAUACCUAAGUCCGCGUGACCAUGAUGGUUGCAGUCUUCGAAACAUCAGAAGAAAAUAAAAUAUAUAAAUACAGGCGAUAAAAUUCGUAAAUAGUUUUAUAUCAAUUUUGAUUUUAUUUGACAGCGUCUCGGAUAUCGUAUCAGGAUGCAUCCAUCAAUACGGCCCUAAUUGUAAUUACAUAAAAAAAUCUUAGAAUAAAGUUUUCACAAGCUAAAUAUAUAUUACUGAAAUCUAUGAGAUCGUCUUAGAAGUGUUCCUUUUUCACAAGCAGUGUCAAAAAAUGCUUAAGAAUUUUAAAACACGCUAUAUAUAUGUCGGUAAUGAAAAAAGGAAAAAAGUCGUCAACUGUCACAUCGGGAGAAUAAAAAAAAACUUUUAGCAAUAUUUUUAUAAUAUAAUAGAGUUUAAGAGUAUUUUAAACAAAAAUUCGAGGCAUUUUUUCGAAUUGCAAUAAAGUGAGGAGAUAUUGAGCCUUGAUACAUGUUUUUGUUGAUUGGCUGGCAUUUUUUUUACGCAAGGCGUCGGAUAAGGCGAAAGACCAUUCUGCCAAGUCAUAAGUGAAGCUGGAAUUCUUUAUGCAAAUUUGAGUUAAAAAAACCGCAUGAAAUUAGUGAAUUUUUUGUUUAGCCGAAUUUUCCAAUAAGUAUUGUAAUAAAAAUCUGUCGCCAAUUAUAAGAACGUGUAUGAAUGCAAAUAUCCCUGUGGGUUACUCAUGGUAAGAAAUCCGCCAUAUCGUCUUCUGGAUUCGAUAAUUCGUUGGCCCACUAUUACAAGGUUCUUAAUAGUUAAUUUUUACUCAUGUUGCAAAAUUGAGAUCAAACAUUGUCAAGUUGGUAAAAAGUUGAAAAGACAAUUAAUGGUUCCCAUUGUAUUUAUCAAUCGAAGUUAUUGAAAUAUUAUAUUUCCAUGAUUUAAGAAUAUUCACUACUAUUCAAUGAAUAGACAUCAUCAUGUGAUAUAUAAUUCAAUUUUCAUAUGAAGUAUAACAUAUAACCUUAUAAUAGUGGGCCAGCGAGUAAUGGCGGAUAAAAAAGGAUUCCCACCAUUUUUGGGCUGCAUACAAUUAGUUUUGAUAGAUUUUAGUCUCGCGUAGAAACAAAAAUGUAGCAUUCGUAUGAGCCAUUUUUUUUUAUUUUAAAUUAUUUCCAUUAUUGCAGUUCGAAAAGAUGUACUAUUGGUUGAAAAUCGAACGCAUAGUUUUUUUCAUGGGCAUAGGAAUCGAAGAACGUACAGCCUUAUUAAAUUAUUUUUAUAUUGAUUUUCGGCAGAUUUUUUUCAUUUGGUAUGCAAAGGAAUUACGUUCUUUCUACUAUCUGGAGCAGUUUUACUAUGUAUGAAAUUUGCAAAUUUAUGUUUUAGUGUUCAAUUAGUGUAUGCGUUUGAUUUUCGCCAAUAUUUGAAUAUUUCCAUGCUAUAGGAGCUGAUAUAAUUAUUAUAAGCUGUGAUUGAAUGUGUUAAGAUUUUGUUUCGUACAUAAAAUUAAACAAAAUUUAUCGAUA